GCUGGUGUGAGGUGUGUGGCUGUGCCUGUGCUGAUGAAUAUGAGCAGCAGAGCUCUGCCCACAGCCUUUUAAUGCGAGUGACAUCAAAGGCAAAGCCCUGCCUGCUGCCGGGGGGGACCCACAAUGCAGCUCGAUACAGCCGUGGAGCAGCUCCAGGCCCGCUGGCAUCACCGCUCUGCAGCCAGCCACCCUCCAUUGUCAGCCCUGGGGGGCCAGCCCUGCAUGGGGACACGGGCACAGGCCCAAGCUUGCCUUUAGGGGCUGUCCCCUGGGCUGGCUGGAGCAGGGGGUGACACCUGGGGGCUCAGGUGGGCAGCAGGGCGCUGAGCCCCCGGCAGCGGGGGGAGAUGAGCUCGCAGGAUGAGCAGUUCCCAGCAGAAACAGCAGCAGCAGCAGCCCCCGAGGCAGCAGCGGCCGAUGAGGGCAUGACCUGGUGGUACAGGUGGCUCUGCAGGAUUGCCGGGGUCAUCGGGGGCAUGUCCUGUGCCUUUGCUGGUCUCUGGAACUGUGUCACCAUCAACCCCCUGAACAUUGCAGCCGGCGUGUGGAUGAUGCUCAACGCCUUCGUCCUGUUCCUGUGCGAGGCCCCUUUCUGCUGCCAGUUCAUCGAGUUCGCCAACGCCGUGGCCGCCAGGGCCGACCGGCUGCGGGCCUGGCAGAAAGCAGCCUUCUACUGCGGGAUGGCCGUGUUCCCCGUCGUGCUCAGCCUGACGCUGACCACGCUCCUGGGCAACGCCAUUGCCUUCGCCACCGGAGUGCUCUACGGAAUGUCGGCCCUUGGGAAGAAGGGAGAUGCCAUCUCCUACGCCCGCAUCCACCAGCAGCAGAAGCAGAUGGAUGAAGAGAAGCUCACGGGGAGCCUGGAGGGACAGGCUCUCUGAAGGACACGAGCUCUGGGUGGCAUCUCCUGGACACUGAGGUGGUGAAGAUGUGGAAGUCUGCUCUGCCCUUCCCUCUGUCCUCUCCACUCCCUGCUACACCACGAUUUCCCUGGACACUGCAGCAACUGGAAAUCUCAGGGGCUGGGGCAGGCUGUGUCCUCUCCUCACACCAGCAGCCAGACCUCAGCACGUCUCCCCUUCUCUCCUCAGCCCUCAACCCAAACAGUGCGCCUAUUUUUUAAUAUUUUCUUUUCUUUUUGCUGCAGAGGUGCUGGCUCUCUGAGUGCUGCUUCCCAGCCUUUCUUUUUAUUUUUUUUGGAUUGCCCUCUGGAUGGUUGAGGAGGACAGAAGACCUGCCAGUGCAGGUUCCAUGUGUUUAGGAACAUUCCCUGGGAUGGCCCUUCCCAGGUACAACCUCUAAAACCCCCUGGUGCUUCACCUUGGUCUUCUUCCACUGUUUUAAUUAUGGGACCAAACACUGGAGGCAUCACUGCACAGGAAAGGAUUUUCAGCAAAAAUCCAUCUCAAGAUAAAAUCCAUCUCUUCAAGGGAGCUGCCAGAGCUGCUGGGCAGAUCCUGGGACCUCCAAAGCACAGUCCCUGCUUCCUCUGGAUACACCUACAGGCAGUGACUGCUAUUUACUUGAAUUAUGAGAAUUACUUUGUCUUAAUAAGGGCACUUUUCUCAAGCUUCACUCUUUUCCUGGGGCAGAAGGGAAACAAUAUUUGCUGUGCCUCAGCUGAAAAGGAUGUUGUUUCUUGAGCCAAGUGGGAUUUUUUGCUGGUGUGAGAGUCCCUGAUGUGCAGGAGCAUUCCUGCCUCGUGAGCCUGGGACUCUCCACCCCUCUGUGCAGGGACCUGCUCUGCUUGCCUGGUACAGCCUUUGUCUUUGGGAUUGUGGUUUUUUUGCAUCAAUCCUGAGCUGGUUUUGUGGGAAGGUGGCACAUCUUCCCUGUGCAAACAGAGAGGAGGCUGCAGCAUUUCAGUGUGGACAGCUGGGAUGUUUUACUUUGCUAUUCCAGGCUCUUUCUGUGGUUUUCACAUUGUAAUUUCUGUUUGCUUUGUACCAUGCAGUACAAAACUGCUCACUAAGUCCAGAUCCCCCUCUUCUCAUCCCAGUAUGUCCUGGGGAUUUUAAUUUAUUUGAUUUUUAUAUGGUUGCUUUUUGUUUUGAUUAGGAAAAAGGGGAAUAAUUUAUUAAUCGUUUUUAAGUACUUUAUUGGGACUCAUUUCUCUGGAUAUAGGAGAAAGGAGUGCUCUGUUUCCUGUCCUUCACAGAGCUGCCUCAUUUCACCAGGGCUCUCUGAACCCAGGGGCAGCCCUGGCUGCUGCAAAAUCCAGUUUCAGCCUUCAGAGUUUCUCAGAUUCUUCAGAAAAAGUGUGUUGUCCUUUGACCCCUCUGUCUUCUUCUGGGCCUCAAGCUUGACAAACUGUGUUUUCCCCCUCUUCUGGGAGAGAGCGGGGAGGAAAACCGGGCUGUAACUGCUGGACUGGGACAGCCACCAGCACUGUGUGUCCCUGUUUGAAUCCUUGGGUACAGAGGGCUUGUGCUGUGCUCUGAGAAAUGCUGCUGGAGGCCGAGUGCUGUCUGUCUGACAGAGGAGUCUGUCCAUGCUGAAAACUCUCCUUAAACCCUGCCCUUCCUCAAGCUGCUGGCUCCUGUGAGCUGCUGCUUCUUCCCUGGAGCUCAGGAGCUGUGAGGAUUCCCACCAGCCAGGAUUUCCUGGAUGUGGGCACCCUUUUUGUGCAAAGCCCCUUUCCCCCCACCUUUGAACUGGGAUUGCUCCGACACCCCUUGUCCGGGGUGCAGAGCAGGCACCACCAGCCUGGGUUUUUUCCAUAAAGGAAGUAUUUUUUCCCUCAAAGCUGUGCUGGUUUGGAGCCCCCAGGCCUUGGCUGAUCCCUGGUGCUGGAUGCAAUGCAGGGGCCAUGCAGGAGGAAUGGGGGGUACUCCAGAGGGAAUAACCUCUGGGUGCUGCGAGGGCAGAGCCCUGCCUCAGGAAUGGGCACAGGCUUUGAUUUCAGGGGGGUGUGGGGGGUGCUGUAGUGUUUAGUAGAGGAAUGUUGCAGACUGAUGCAUGUCAAUGUCUCUGGUAGUGACAGCUUUACUCUGUGAGUAGUUCUGCAGUAGCUUUAGUGUCAGGAGAGGCCAAAGGCAAAGCAGAGCUCAAGGGCUGAGACUUCCAGGGUGCUCUGAGGGAGCACAGAGCUGGUGGGACCCUCAUCUGCCACUCCUCCUGCCAUGGUCCCCGGGGCUGGGGGAGGUGUGUGCUGCUCCAGGGCACCUGCAGGUCCCACCCUGCUCCUUGGCACUGAGGCAGAAGCCCCAGCAGUGCUGUCACAGUGUUUUGUGGCAGCAGGGUCUGACCCUGAGGCUGAGGCAAGGGAGAAAUCCACAUCAAUCUGCCACCAUGAGCGGGUGGCAAAGCUCAGCCCUGAGCUGAAAAUGGGCCUCAGGGAUUCCCCUGAAAGAGCUGAGCUGAAGCCUUUGGCCUCAGUGCUUGAAGUGUCUGUGCCUGUCACCACUGGAGGUGUCUCAGAUUGUGCUCCAAGGGUGGUGACUCCUGCAGGGACCUGUCUGGAGUGGGAACCCUGGGGAAUUUUGGCUGUCUGGUGCAGCUGGAACCCAGCCAGAUGCUGCCAGCAUAGCAGACAGGCUUGGUGACAGCACCCGUGUCUUGGAAGAGCUGUAGUGACACCAGUGGAUGGUCUCACCCCCAUGUGGGCCUGUUUGGUGGAGAUAGGAAGGAGCUUUAGAGUAGAGUAGCAUCACAGUAGUUAAAUGCCAGUGCAUGGUGGUUGUUAGUUGUGUUUAGAGGCACCCUCGGGGUGCUUGGAGCUGUGUGAGGACAAAUGAAGUUCAAACCCUGCUCUGGAGGUUUUACAGGCUCAACCCAACCCUUGUGAGGGCAUCCAGGUGGGAUGGCUGAUCCAGAAGGGGCUCUGUGGAGCAGGGUCUGCUCUCCAGGCCUUGGAAAGAUGAGAUGAUGUGAGGGCUCAGGGGGUGACACGCUGAGGACAGCGAGCUGCUGGCACCGAGAGUGGAAGGACCCCUGGGGAGCAGUGGCCUGUCACACACCAGUCACCAGGGCAGGUUUAUGCACUGUGCCACCCUUCCAUGCCUCUGUCACUCGUGUGUGGCAGCUCUGUGUCCCCUGGGGCUGCCCACGGGGCGUGAAGAGCAGGGCAGAGCUUGCUGCUCUGGGCAGGAGCUGCUUCUGUAACACCCAUCAUUCUCUGUGUGUGCAGUGAAUAAAAACACCAUUCUACCUC